AUGCCGAAUCAGAUAUCCAAGCAGUGGUACAAGGAUGACUACCUUAUCUCCACCGACCGGUCGCUCCUCGACCUCAAGGCCAUCAACGAUGCGUUUGACUCGGAGUUGUUGUGGUGGACAAGGCGGGUGUCGGAGGACGCUCUGCGUAGGAUGAUUGACAACUCGCUGUGUCUUGGUAUCUACAAGCUCCCCGCGUCUACCGCCGAUAUUGCAGUCUACUUCCAACCGUUGCUAGGCAAAAAGGGACCCGAGCUCGUGGGCCUCGCCCGAAUCGUCACGGAUUACGUCACCAUCGGCUACCUUGCAGACAUCUACGUGCUGCCGUCACAUCAGGGCAAAGGCCUAGCGCCGUGGCUGAUGGAGUGUUUGAACGAGAUCUUGGAUGAGUGGCCGGACCUGAGACGCUUCUUACUCCUGACCUCGUCACCGCAGGCGAGCAAGCUGUACGAGCAGGCGUUGGGGACGUUUGAGUGGGGCCAGUCGCACUCUGGAAAGCUGUAUCUGCUCGAGAAGAGGGGGUCAUCGAUGCCCGAGGGCCCGGCUGACACGGACGACGAUGAGUGA